AUGGUAAAUCUUCCUUUCGACAUGGUAGAAAUCAUCCUGUCGAAAUUAUCAAUCGAAUCUCUUGUUCGAUUCAAAUCAGUUUGCAAGUCAUGGAACAAUUUGAUCUCCGAUCCUACAUUCGUUCGAAACGAUCAGACUCAACGAUCCAAGGAACCGAACUCGGAGAAGCUUUUUCUACUCAAGAACUUACUGAGUGGCUAUUCUCUGGUUAAAUUCAAAGAAGGCUCGUAUAAGAGAGUUACGCUGUGGAAUCCAUCAACUCGAACAAGUAUAAGUCUUACGAUCCCGUACGAUAAGUUCGAUCUUUGUCACGGGCUUUGUCGUGAUCCGAUCACCGACGAUUUUAAGGUUGUUAUUUUGUCCAAGAAACACUACGCGGUGUAUUCUUGUAAGAACGAAUCUUGGAAGAAGAAGAUAUAG